AUACUUACUAUCAGUGUUCGAUACUUUUCACCUUCUUGACAAUCCUCCAAAACACCUGUCGUCUUUUUUCUCUGGGUUAGACUCCGAUCAUACAACCAACACAACCACCACCAUGCAGGGCUGGGAUCCAACCACCAAGUGAGCGCCCAUACCCUCCGCUAACGGUCAAAGUCUGCCCUCGCGACUGUGUUGUGUGAACGCAGCGCCUCAAGGAUGACCAAAAGCGUUGAUCGCGUAAGUUUCAAUGAACAAAUCCAAUGACGACGAUUGGUUUCGAAUCUCGGCCGCUAAUCCGGAAGGAACACGGUAGACCGGAAAUCGUUGGAAGUUACACUGUAGAAGAAGGAAUUUCUUGGUGUCUAAAGCUGUUACCGGAAAUCAACAGCUGCAGAAAUUGGCAGAUCAAUCGGUUGAACAAGAAACAACAGAUACUUUAGAUAACGGUAUCCUUGUUCCUGAUUCCGAGUCAGUUAUAUCAAGCAUCAAAUACCACGCAGAGUUCACACCGUUAUUCUCUCCAGAAAAGUUUGAGCUUCCAAAGGCAUUCUACGCUACAGCUGAAAGUGUUCGAGACACACUCAUCACUAACUGGAACACCACAUAUAAUUAUCACGAAAAGAUGAACGUGAAACUGGCAUAUUACUUAUCAAUGGAGUUUCUUCAGGGUAGAGCAUUGCUAAAUGCCAUUGGUAAUUUAGAGCUAUCGGGGGCUUACGCUGAGGCUCUAAGGAAACUUGGUCAUGAUCUGGAGGAUGUUGCUAGACAGGAGCAAGAUGCAGCACUUGGAAACGGUGGUUUGGGCCGACUCGCCUCCUGCUUUUUGGACUCACUGGCAACACUAAACUACCCUGCAUGGGGUUACGGGCUUCGUUACAAGUAUGGUCUUUUUAAACAACUCAUUACAAAGGAUGGUCAAGAAGAAGUUGCCGAAAGUUGGCUAGAGAUGGGUAAUCCAUGGGAGAUACCAAGAAAGGAUGUUGCUUACCCGAUAAAGUUUUACGGUGAAGUUGUUACAGGUCCAGAUGGACGUAAGCAAUGGGUCGGUGGAGAAAAUAUCUCGGCUGUUGCCUAUGAUGUUCCGAUACCUGGAUAUAAGACCAAAACGACGAUCAACCUUAGACUAUGGUCAACGAUGGUUGGACCGGAAUAUUUCGAUUUAAAAGCUUUUAAUUCUGGAGAUCAUGCCAAAGCAUAUGAAGCUCUAAAAAGAGCAGAAAAGAUUUGCUACAUUUUGUACCCUGGAGACGAGUCACACGAGGGGAAGACUCUUAGAUUAAAGCAACAAUAUACAUUAUGCUCUGCUUCACUUCAAGAUAUAAUUUCAAGGUUCGAAAGGAGAUCCGGAGAUGCACCAAACUGGAACGAAUUUCCUAAAAAAGUUGCGGUACAGAUGAAUGAUACUCACCCGACACUUUGCAUACCGGAAUUGUUGAGAAUAUUGAUGGAUGUUAAGGGUUUGAGCUGGAAAGAAGCAUGGGGAAUCACUCAAAGAACGGUAGCAUACACCAAUCACACUGUUCUACCCGAGGCUCUAGAGAAAUGGAGUUUGAAUCUUUUACAGGAACUACUUCCUCGGCAUAUUGAGAUAAUUAAGAUGAUUGAUAGUGAGCUGAUUGAUACUAUCAUUGAUGAGUACGGUAUCAAGGACCUUGAGUUGCUGAAAGAAAAACUGAACCAGAUGAGAGUUUUGGAAAAUGUGGAACUACCCGCAUCCGUCUUAGAACUACUUGUUCAACCGGAUGAAAUCGCGAUCGCUGAUUCAGUCGAAGAAGAAGAAAAAUCAGAGGAAGUAACUGAACCGACAAGUGAAAAUGAUGCGCUCGACGUGAAGGUGAAAAAGGAUGCAGUUAUUAAAAAAGUGUCGUUUGACCCGGACCCAAAUUCGGCAAAGAUGGUCCGCAUGGCUAAUCUUUGUGUUGUUGGCGGACAUGCUGUCAAUGGGGUGGCGGAAAUUCACAGUGAAAUAGUGAAGAAUGAAGUUUUUAAUGACUUUUAUAAGUUAUGGCCUAAGAAGUUUCAGAAUAAGACAAACGGGGUGACACCGAGACGAUGGAUCAGUUUUUGCAAUCCGGAAUUAAGUAAAAUUAUAACCAAGUGGACCGGAACAGAUGAUUGGGUGCUCAACACUGAAAAGAUAGAUCAACUUAGAAAGUUUGCUGAUAAUGAAGAACUCCAAUCUGAAUGGAGGAAAGCCAAAAGGAUCAACAAAGAGAAAAUUGUUUCGUUCCUGAAAGAAAAAACCGGAUAUCUUGUUAGCCCUGAUGCAAUGUUUGAUGUGCAGGUGAAGCGAAUUCACGAAUAUAAGAGACAACUAUUGAACAUUUUGGGAAUUGUUUAUCGGUACAAAAAGAUGAAGGAAAUGAAUGCUGAUGAAAGAAAAGCUAAAUUUGUUCCUCGGGUGUGUAUAUUUGGCGGGAAAGCGUUUGCUACAUACAUCCAAGCUAAGAGGAUAGUGAAAUUCAUAACUGAUGUCGCUGCUACCGUUAACAAUGAUCCUGAUAUCGGUGAUCUUCUCAAGGUUGUUUUUGUUCCAGAUUACAAUGUUACAGUAGCAGAAGUUCUGAUUCCUGGAAGUGAUCUGUCCCAACACAUCAGCACUGCUGGCAUGGAGGCAAGUGGGACCAGCAACAUGAAGUUUGCGAUGAACGGGUGCAUUCAAAUCGGAACGCUAGAUGGUGCCAAUGUUGAAAUAAGAGAGGAGGUUGGAGAAGAAAACUUUUUCCUCUUUGGUGCUAAAGCUCAUGAAAUUUCCGGGCUUCGAAAGGAGAGAUCCGAGGGCAAGUUUGUUCCUGAUCCGCGGUUUGAGGAGGUGAAGAAAUAUGUUAGAAGUGGCGUUUUUGGCCCGUACAAUUAUGAUGAACUCAUGGGAUCGUUAGAAGGUAAUGAAGGCUAUGGUCGGGCUGAUUAUUUUCUUGUUGGGAAAGAUUUUCCAGCUUAUAUAGAGUGUCAAGAGAAAGUUGAUGAGGCGUAUAGAGAUCAAAAGAAAUGGACAAAGAUGUCGAUCUUGAACACUGCUGGGUCACACAAGUUCAGUAGUGACCGGACUAUACACCAAUACGCAAGUGACAUCUGGAUGAUUGACCCUCUUGUAUUACCUAAUUAGAGGGAAGAUCAAGUCUAAUACGUGUAAGUUAGUCCUUUUAUUUAAUUGAUAAUUUUGUGUAUUAAUAAUAAACUUUGUUUGGAAAAUUGGAAGAGAACGUGUUUUGUUUGUUUAAAUAAUUUCUAUGGUUUUAUGCAAUUUAUUAUUCAGUUUUAUUUA